AUGCUACCAGUUAUUCUUUUCAUAUUUUCUCUCAUUUUAUUGUGGAUUAUACAGAAGAAGGUUUCGAAACGAUUGGAUAUUCCAGGUCCAAAAGGAGUGCACAUUUUUGGCAAUGCCUUUGAACUGAGUUCACAAACUCCAUAUGUCCAGUUACACAAAUGGAGUAAGAAAUAUGGUGGUGUUUUUAAAAUUCAAAUAUUCAAUGAAGAAAUCGUUGUGUUGAAUGAAAAUGAUGCUGUAAGAGAAGCCCUGUUAUCAGAAGAUUUUGCAGGACGACCAUAUUCAUGGAGGACCAACUUUUCAACCCCUGGAGGUUACAAGGACAUUGCAUUCCGAGAUUCAUCACAAGGUUGGAAAAAACUUCGAAAAAUCGCUCAUCGUGGCCUUAAGCAGUUUGGGGAUGGCAUGGACAGAAUAGCUUUAUUGGCAUCUGAUGAGAUCCAAGACUGUAUUAUGAGAUUCAAAAGUAAUGGUGAGACUCCAUUUGACCCCCGGGAAGCUGUGGAAAAAUGUAUAGCAAAUAUCAUGUCUAGUUUGCUGGUGGGAGAAUCCAUUGAUGACAACUCAGAAGAUUACCAUUCGGUCCGCUUCAUUGUAGAGUCUGAUAAAAGAAUUGCACCAUCAGGACCAGGCGCUGAGCUUGACAUGUUUCCCUGGCUCAGAUUUUUUGGAAACGAGUCAUACAAAAUUUUGAAGGAAACUGUAGUGAAGCGAAAUAAAUUGUUUUCAUCUUGGAUGGAAAAAACUGAAUACAAGAUGAAUUUGCACAGUGAUGACUCUAGAAGUGUAUGUGAAGUGCUGCAACAACACCAUAAACAAGGAGACAUCACAAAGGACGAGGUCUAUGGAGUUCUGCAAGACCUUCUUAUAGCUGGUAUCGCAACAACAUCCACAACUUUGAAAGCAUUUUUGUUGAUUUUGGUCAACAAACCCGAUGUCCAGAAAAAGAUACAAGCUGAAAUUGAUAAUGUCAUUGGAGAUGGGCGACUGCCAACUUUCGCUGAUAGGCAUAACAUGCCUUAUUCACAAGCUGCAGUUUUUGAAAUUCUUCGCUACAGCACAACUACGACAUUGUCUAUCCCCCAUAAAACUCUUUGUGACACCAGUGUGGGUGGUUACAAAGUACCACGUGGAACAAUGGUUUUGAUGAACCUAUGGGCAUUACACCACGACGAGAAGUACUUUGAUGAACCAUAUGAGUUUAAGGUGGAAAGAUUCCUGGAUGACAAUGGCAAAUGUCUUUCAGCACAUGAACGAAAAUCAUUUCUACCAUUUGGAAUCGGUAAACGCGAGUGCUUAGGAGAAGCAAUGGCCAAAUUGAGAAUGUUCCUGUUUAUCACCAGUUUGCUACAAAAACUGGAUAUUCUCCCUCAAGACAAGAACAACCCACCAGAUCCAGACCCAACCAAGUUUGAAUAUUCAAUAACAAAUCUACCUGGGCCAUUCAACAUUGUUGUCAAGAACAGAGAAAAUGAAAAAUAA